AUGCCCAGUGUCUACGAAGUCUCGUUCACCCAGGCCACUGCCGCCGCUGUGGUGGUGUACGGUCUGUAUCGAGUUCUGCAGAUUGGCAAACGCGACCCGCGCAUGCCACCAGGGCCUCCAACUGUACCUAUUUUGGGGAACCUGCAUCAAAUCCCCGUCACCGGAUUGUACAAACAAUUCAAAGACUGGAGUGUCGAAUAUGGCGGAGUCUUUUCCCUCAAGUUUGGACCUCAAAAUGUGGUUGUCGUCUGUGACAAGAAGGCGAUCCAUGAAAUGUGGGAUAAGAAAGGUCUCAUCUAUGCCGAACGGCCAAGAAACUACGUCGCCGACAUCAUUACAUCCGGGGACAGCAUCGUGUUUGCUUCCAACACGGUCGAGACAAGGGAGAAGCGUAGGAUUGCGACUCAUAACUUUUCGCCACGAAUGUUAGACGAGAAGGCGGCCGUCGUUCAAGAUGCCGAGGUGACGGUCUUGAUGUACCAGCUUUUGACCGAUCCAGAGAACUUUUACAACCACGUCAGGCGGACGACUUCAUCCAUAUCGUGCAUUCUCAUCUACGGCCAACGAGGUCCAACCUUUGAGAAUUUCUGGGGUCACUUUGGAGAAGCUUUGGAGCCCGGAGCCAACCCUCCGGUCGACGAGUAUCCUUUCUUGAAGUUGGUUCCCGAAAGCAUGGCCUUCUGGAAGAGACGGGCAAAGACGGCCGGGAGGGACAUGCACGCCAUCUGGACCAAGGCAAGACGGUUGGUAGACGAACGUCGUGCCUUGGGUGACCACCGAGUGUCACUCGCCGACAAGCUGCUGGACGAAUACACCGAGAAAGGGUUUCCCAUGAGCCAACAUGCGUUGGACCAGCUGUUUGGUGAGCUGGUCGAAGGUGGAGCCGAGACGACAUCAUCUUCCAUGUUGACCAUGAUCCUCGCUCUCGCAAAGAAUCCGUGGGUCCAGGAGAAGGCGAAAAAGCAGCUAGAUGAAGUGUGCGGAAGCGAAAGGAUGCCCCAAUGGGCCGACUUUGCAAAACUCCCAUACAUCAACGCUAUCAUCAAAGAGGGCAUGAGAUGGCGUCCUGCUGUGGCCACGGGAAUCCCUCGUCGCACGGCCGAGGAUGAUUGGUAUGAAGGCAUGUUGAUCCCCAAAGAUUCGACCCUCUUCCUACCCAUCUGGGCCGUGCACCACGCCGAGGCAGAAGGGUACGACAACCCAUUCGUCUUCAAUCCCGACCGAUACAUCAACCACCACAAGCUCGCCAACGACUACGCCGGCAGUGCCGACUACAAACUGAGAGAUAAGUGUUUCCUCGUAUGA